GAUAAAGUGGUAUUGGUGACAGGAAAAUAUGGCAUCUCACAUUGUUGGAUAUCCUCGUAUGGGCCCCAAGAGGGAGCUGAAGUUUGCCUUGGAAUCCUUCUGGGAUGGAAAGAGCAGUGCUGAUGACUUGAAGAAAGUAGCUACUGAUUUGAGAUCGAGCAUUUGGAAACAGAUGUCUGAUGCUGGUAUCAAGUACAUUCCCAGCAACACUUUCUCUUAUUAUGACCAGGUUCUUGAUACCACGGCAAUGCUCGGUGCUGUUCCUCCAAGAUACAACUGGACUGGCGGCGAGAUUGAGUUUGAUGUGUUUUUCUCCAUGGCUAGGGGAAAUUCCUCUGUUCCAGCUAUGGAGAUGACCAAGUGGUUUGACACCAACUACCACUUCAUUGUCCCUGAGUUGGGUCCUGAUGUCAAGUUCUCGUAUGCUUCACACAAGGCAGUUAACGAGUACAAGGAAGCAAAGGCGCUCGGAAUUGACACUGUCCCUGUCCUUGUUGGCCCUGUCUCUUACUUGUUGCUAUCAAAACCUGCAAAGGGUGUUGAGAAAUCAUUUUCUCUUCUCUCCCUUUUGAACAGUAUUCUUCCAGUUUACAAGGAGGUUAUUGAAGAGCUAAAAGCAGCUGGUGCAUCAUGGAUUCAGUUCGACGAACCCAUCUUGGUUAAGGAUCUUGACUCUCACAGUUUGGAAGCAUUUACUGCUGCAUACUCUGAACUGGAGUCAACUCUCUCAGGCCUUGAUGUCCUUGUGGAGACAUACUUUGCAGAUGUUCCUGCUGAGGCAUUCAAAAUCCUAACCAGCUUAAAGGGUGUGACUGGCUUUGGUUUUGAUCUUGUUCGUGGACACCAGACUCUUGAUUUGAUCAAGAAGGAUUUCCCCAAGGGAAAAUAUCUCUUUGCUGGUGUUGUUGAUGGAAGAAACAUCUGGGCCAACGAUCUUGCUGCAUCUAUCAGCGCCUUGGAGUCUCUUGAGGGUGUUGUAGGAAAAGAUAAACUUGUGGUCUCCACUUCCUGCUCACUUCUCCACACUGCUGUGGAUCUAGUCAAUGAAACUAAGCUUGAUGAUGAAAUAAAAUCAUGGAUGGCAUUUGCUGCUCAAAAGAUUGUGGAAGUUAAUGCUUUGGCUAAGGCAAUAGCUGGCCAGAAAGAUGAGAAAUUUUUGUCUGCCAAUGCUGAAGCUCUAGCUUCCAGGAAGGCCUCCCCAAGAGUUAACAAUGAGGCAGUUCAAAAAGCUGCUGCUGAUCUGAAGGGUUCUGAGCACAGGCGUGCAACCAAUGUGAGUUCCAGAUUGGAUGCUCAGCAAAAGAAGCUUAAUCUACCAGUCCUCCCAACUACAACCAUUGGAUCAUUUCCCCAAACCGUGGAACUCAGAAGAGUCCGCAGAGAAUACAAGGCAAACAAGAUCUCUGAGGAAGAAUAUGUUAAAUCUAUCAAGGAGGAAAUCAGCAAGGUGGUCAAGCUUCAAGAGGAGCUUGAUAUUGAUGUCUUGGUUCACGGAGAGCCCGAGAGGAAUGACAUGGUUGAGUACUUUGGAGAACAGCUUUCUGGUUUUGCAUUCACAGUCAAUGGAUGGGUGCAAUCAUAUGGAUCGCGAUGUGUUAAGCCGCCAGUUAUCUAUGGUGAUGUCAGUCGCCCAAAGCCAAUGACGGUUUUCUGGUCCACAGCUGCUCAGAGCAUGACUUCUCGCCCCAUGAAGGGAAUGCUUACUGGUCCCGUGACUAUCCUCAACUGGUCCUUUGUCCGUAAUGAUCAGCCCAGAUUUGAAACUUGCUACCAGAUUGCUUUGGCCAUCAAGGAGGAAGUUGAGGAUCUCGAGAAGGCUGGCAUUACUGUCAUCCAAAUCGACGAAGCUGCUCUUAGAGAAGGUUUGCCUCUUAGGAAGUCCGAGGAAGCUUUCUACUUGGACUGGGCUGUCCACUCUUUCAGGAUCACCAAUGUCGGCGUCCAAGACACCACCCAGAUUCACACCCACAUGUGCUAUUCUAACUUCAACGACAUCAUCCACUCCAUCAUCGACAUGGAUGCUGAUGUCAUCACCAUCGAGAACUCGCGAUCAGACGAGAAGCUUCUGUCUGUUUUCCGAGAGGGAGUGAAAUACGGUGCUGGAAUUGGUCCAGGAGUUUACGACAUUCACUCUCCUAGGAUUCCUUCUUCAGACGAGAUUGCGGACAGGAUCAACAAGAUGCUUCAGGUGCUCGAAACCAACAUCUUGUGGGUGAACCCCGACUGCGGGCUCAAGACCCGUAAGUAUCCCGAGGUCAAACCCGCCCUGGAAAACAUGGUUGCGGCUGCAAAGGCUAUUCGUACCCAGCUUUCCAGCGCUAAAUGAGUGUUGAUUUUGCAUGCUAUUCUUUUUAUUUUAAAAUAAGAGUGUGAUUUGGUUUCGUUUUAGUUUUGUAGACAUUUCCAUGUUUGCCCUUUUGGGGGCACUUUUUUUACAAUUAAUUCUGGUAUUUUUAUUAUAUUUUGAGUUUCUUCAUUAUAUGUAUUUUCUUGGAGCUGACAUGUUUCGGAAAGAGCAUUAAGAUGGUAGUGUGU